AUAAAUACUCCCCUCGAUUCGCUCUCCAAAUUCUCUCUCUGUCUCUUUCAGUAGCGGGUUUGGGGGCCAAACCCUUCGUCUUCUUGCUUCACUUCAGAUCUCUAUCUGAGCUUGCUCCAGCUCAGACAAGAUAUACUGCUGAAGGCGUUUUAAUAUAUAUACAAGGGAAUGGCAAUAGGCAGAAGUCCGAGGAUGGACAGGACAUCGUCGUCCUGGUGCUCGACGGCGACCAUUGUCAUGUUUGUCUCUCUUUGCCUGGUCGGAGUUUGGAUGAUGACAUCGACUACGGUAGUGCCUGUGGAUUUGGCUCCGGCCGAAAGUAAUAAAUCAGAAAUGAAUGAACAAGUUCCUGUUGAUGUCUCUAAGACAUCUGAAGACAAGUUAGGAGAUGCCAAAGAGGAUUCUACUGCAGGAGAUAAUAAUAGCAACCAUGUAGACCAGAAUGUAUCUGAGAAUACAAAUGAAAAAUCUGAGGAAAAGACCCAGGAGGAGAGUUCCCCUACUGUCACUGAACACAAGAAGGAUGACUCAGGUGAGUCGCAGACUAGUCAGAAUUCUCAGAAUGCAGAUGGGAAUAGUGAAGGCAGAGACACAAACACAGAGGGCGGUGAGACAAAUGGGCAAGAUAUGAAUUUGGAGCAGAAUUCUGAAGGAACUCCAAAUGGUGAAGAACAAGGCACCGAAGAAAAGAAACUGGAACAGGAGGAAAAAUCUGAAGAGAACAUGACGCUGGAGGAGAAGGGUCAAGGUGAGACAGACGAGAAGACUGGCGAGACCCAAACUGGGAGUCAAGCUAAGGAAGAAGUGUUUCCCGAUGGAGCCCAAUCAGAGAUUUUAAAAGAGACGAAUAGCUCAAAUGGGGCAUGGAAAACGCAAGCUUCUGAGUCCAAGAACGAGAAGGAAGUACAGCAGUCUUCGUCAAAAGGUCAAAUUGCUGAAUACAGCUGGAAACUUUGUAAAGCAGAAGCUGGGGCAGAUUAUAUUCCUUGUCUGGACAAUGUAGAAGCUGUCAGGAAACUUCGGAGUACUAAGCAUUAUGAACACCGAGAACGGCACUGCCCUGAGGAAGGCCCAACAUGCCUUGUACCUCUUCCAGAGGGAUACCAACGACCAAUUAAGUGGCCUAAUAGCCGAAACAAGGUUUGGUACCACAAUGUUCCUCAUACCAAGCUUGUAGAAUAUAAGGGUCACCAGAAUUGGGUGAAAGUUAGUGGAGAGUACCUCACUUUUCCGGGGGGCGGAACUCAGUUCAAACAUGGCGCACUCCACUACAUUGAUAAAAUUCAAGAGGGAUUGCCUGAUAUAGCAUGGGGGAAAAGAAGCCGUGUUGUUUUGGAUGUUGGCUGCGGAGUUGCUAGCUUUGGAGGCUUUCUCUUUGACAGGGAUGUGCUUACCAUGUCCUUUGCUCCCAAAGAUGAGCAUGAAGCUCAGGUACAAUUUGCUCUUGAAAGAGGGAUUCCCGCUAUAUCAGCAGUGAUGGGCACCCAAAGGCUCCCCUUCCCUAGCAGGGUGUAUGAUGUUAUUCAUUGUGCUCGUUGUAGGGUCCCCUGGCACAUUGAGGGUGGUAUGCUUUUGUUGGAGCUGAACCGGUUAUUGCGACCUGGUGGUUACUUUGUGUGGUCUGCAACACCAGUUUACCGGAACCUUCCAGAAGAUGUCGGGAUCAUGGCAGACAUGAAUGCACUGACAAAGUCAAUGUGCUGGAAAAUGGUGAAGAAAACAAAGGAUUCCUUGAACCAAGUGGGUUUAGCUAUCUAUAGAAAACCUACUGACAACAACUGCUAUGAAAAAAGAGCAGAAAACAGCCCUCCGCUCUGUGAAGAAUCUGAUGAUCCUAAUGCAGCCUGGAACGUCCACCUUCAAGCAUGCAUGCACAGAGUACCUGUAAAUCCUGCUGUUCGUGGGUCACAAUGGCCAGAGCAAUGGCCAGAAAGGCUGGGAAAGACACCUUAUUGGCUAAACAAUUCUCAGACAGGGGUUUAUGGUAAACCUGCCCCUGAAGACUUUGAAGCAGAUUAUGAACACUGGAAACGGGUUGUGAGCAAAUCAUAUCUGAAUGGAAUGGGAAUUGACUGGUCUACUGUGAGAAAUGUCAUGGACAUGAGAUCCAUUUAUGGAGGUUUUGCUGCAGCUUUGAGGGACAUGAAAGUGUGGGUUAUGAAUGUUGUCUCAAUUGAUUCCCCUGAUACCCUUCCUGUUAUUUUUGAGCGUGGCCUGUUUGGCAUAUAUCAUGAUUGGUGUGAAUCAUUCAGCACAUACCCGAGAACAUAUGACCUGCUUCAUGCUGACCAUUUAUUUUCGAGGCUCAAGAAGAGGUGUAAAAUAUUGCCUGUAAUCGCUGAGGUGGAUAGAGUGCUGAGACCAGAAGGGAAGCUAAUCAUCCGAGAUAACGUGGAGACAAUCAGAGAGAUAGAAAACAUGGCUAAAUCUCUGCAUUGGGAGGUCAGAAUGACCUACGCCAAGGAGAACGAGGGGUUGUUGUGUAUACAGAAGACCAUGUGGCGGCCUCAGGAAGUCGAAGCAAGCUUGUAGUCCUUAAUAUUUCAAAAUGAUUGCCAAAAGUCGGGUCAUAGUAAAUUCUUUUUGGGUGAUUUGUUGUAUGAUUGUAACAAUGUAUUAGUGUAAAAUUUUGAUGCCGGCUUCCAUCAAUGGAUGGGAGGGGGUGAGACUGGAUUACUAGCUAAUAGGGAAAUUCUUAUGUUCUUGAAAACAUGCAAUCAGUUAAUGAAAGCUCACUCAUUAUGGGGCCGUCAAUUUGAAUGACUUAGGUGA